AUGGUGUACCUGAUCUUCGUAUUUCUAAGCCUGCUGGUACUGGAAUCGAUCUACUUCGUGGACUGCACUGUCACGGUUCAGUUGGAACGGUUCGAGCAGCGGCAGAUUGGAUUCCAUAUGGCAAACUUUUCCGCACUUCGGGUACGCAAGUUCAAUCGAACCACCUGGGUACUGGAUGGAGAGGGCGAAUUAUUCGUAGACUUAACCGACGAGUAUCAAGCAUCGGUGACAUUUGCGCACAGCCCACUGGGCAAUAACCAGUGGAACGAAUAUCCCAUGAAGAUAUCCAAGGACAAGUUAUGCAAUGUAUUCAACGGAUCGUACAAGGAAUACCAGCCGUACUUCAUCGAUUACACUAAUAUGCCGCGUGUGGAGGAAGAGUGGGUAUGUCCUUUUCCGAAAGGACAGUACUGGGUGCGAGACUUGGCUCCCGAUGGGUCCUUCAUACCGAGUGUUGUUCCAGCUGGAUAUUGGAGGUUUACAGGUUCGAUAUUUGAUGCCAGUGAUGAAAUUGUACUUCAGUUUAUUGCGUUUAUGAGGGUAAAAAAAGGAUAUUUGUGA